AUGCCCAAAGGAUUCCUGGUAAAAAGAAACAAGAAAUCUGCACAUGUUUCCUACAGGAAUCGGUCAGACGAAGAUGACCUCCAGGAGCUACCCACCCCAGCUGCCUUGCCGAGUCAGGCGCACCCCUCCCAGCCAAUGUCCGUUGCGUACAGUCCGGACCGAGCCGCAGCAUCGCCGGAUUUCACAGCAGCUGAGGCACCAGUGCCAAGACUGGCGAAGCCGGCACAGUUCGGCAACCCAGAGGCGGUGUGCCAACCCCUCUACAGCCCCACCCGGCCCAUCAGCAAGGAGCACGACAGGGGAUAUUUUGAGCGAAGUUUCAAUCUAGGCUCGCCUAUUUCUGCCGAGUCAUUCCCAACACCUGCCUCCCUCUCCGGCCUGGACCAUCUCCUGUACGCCCCGGUCGACUUGAAAAUCGGCACCAGCAACAGCAGCCGCAGCGGCACCACCAGCAGCCUCCCGGCACCAAGCAACCGGGCCGGCAGCAAAAGACCCGCAGCGGAAGGUGCAGAGCGCAAAUCCAAACCCGCCUCCAAGAAACCAAAAGCCAUUAGAAAACUCAACUUUGAAGACGAGGUGACGACUUCUCCCGUGCUUGGUCUCAAAAUCAAAGAGGGGCCGGUGGAGACGAAGCCGAGGGCGCAGUCCUCAGGAGGAAACAAGCCUUUAGGGGAGUUUGUGUGUCAGCUGUGCAAGGAGGCGUAUGCGGAUCCCUUCUCUCUGGCUCAGCACAAGUGCUCCCGUAUAGUCAGGGUCGAGUACCGGUGUCCAGAGUGCGAUAAGAUGUUCAGCUGCCCGGCCAACCUCGCCUCUCAUCGCCGCUGGCACAAACCCCGGACCACCGGCGUACCGGCGAUGCCACCAGCACAGGGCAUCAAACCUGAAAUGGCCAAAAUGCCAUCGCUAGGUGUCAAGUCUGUCUCUGACGAAGCCAAAGACAUGAGUGACAGAGACACCCCCAGCCCAGGUCUGUCCGAGUCAGGCUCUGAAGAUGGCUCAUAUGACUGCCAGUUCUGCGGGAAGAGGUUUAAGCGACAGGCAUACCUAAGAAAACACAUAAUGGGACACCAGGCCUUGCAAAAGAAAGUGCUGGAGGAGCACGGGUUUCAACCCAGCGACCGCGCGGCAGAGCAGGCUCCGGUGUCAUCCUCCUCCUCAGCAUCAUCAUCCUCCUCCUCCUCAGAGGAAGCCUCAAACCAAAGCCCUCUCAAUCUGAGCCCGGUGGACUGCCUGCUGUGCCCGGUGUGCGGGGAGAGUUUCACCAGCAGGGCCGGCCAGGAGAGACACCUGCGCCUCAUGCACUCCUCCCAGAUUUACCCGUGCAAAUACUGCCCCGCCACUCUCUACAGCUCGCCGGGGCUCACCAGGCACAUAAACAAGUGCCACCCCUCGGAGAACAGGCAGGUGAUCCUGCUCCAAAUGCCGGUGCGCCCCGCCUGCUAAAGACAACUAGAAACUCGUGCCUUUGAUAGGGGAAAAUUAAAGAAAAAAAAAAAAAAGAAACAAAAAACUGGCUUUGGGAUUAAAAAAAUAAAGAGUUUGU